AAACAACAUUAUAUCACGAGACACCUUUCCUUGUUUCAUUACAACUGGCUUAAUUUUAUAUCUAUGCACACACACACACGUACACACACAUACGCACACACACGUACACACACAUACACACGUACACACACAUACGCACACAAACAUUCAGCCAGUAGAAUCAUUCGCUGGCAAACUAAGCUCUAAGUUAUUACCGAAAGCUGUUGCCUUUCUAUUAAACAGUGAUUUCCAACUUUUCUCCAUACCACUGGCUCAUUGUCAGUUCAUCUCUUCAUGAUGACUAACAAAGGAAAACCUAUUUUACCUCAAAAUGGAGAGAAGAACGAGAAAAAGAAGGAAAAUUUAGUCUUCGCAAACGGACAGUUGACAUAUGCCUGCAAUGAUGUUCAUGUUAUCCCAGGAAAAUUAAUUGAAAGUUUCUGUACGAAAACCACACGUCUGGAUCUUAGUUAUAAUCUACUGUAUACAUUAAAAGGUUUAGAAAAUUUUACAGACUUGGAAGAAUUAGUGUUAGAUAACAACUGGAUUGAUGAUGACACAGAGUUCCCAGCUUUAAAUUCACUGCAUACUUUAACUUUAAAUAAAAAUAAUAUUUCUGAUUUAGAAAGUUUUCUUUUAAAAUUAAAAGCAUCUUACACUAACUUAAAAUACCUCAGUCUUCUUGGAAACAAUGCCUGUCCUAACCAACUAUCAGACAAAGAAAAAGAUGAUGGAGAUUACCAACGUUAUAGGUAAGUUCAGUUUUUUUUUU